UCUGUGACGGGACACUUAUAAGACAACUUGGACAAAGUUGGACUCACUUUCUGCUCUCGUCCCAAACGUGGAUGACGACUUUUGUGGACACUUUUUCAUUUACUUGACAGAAAAGAGUCCAGCUGGACUUCUGCUGCUCCUCUCUGUAACUUUCCAGACUCCUUUAGGAUGGGUGAUUGGAGUGCUCUUGGUCGUUUGCUGGACAAGGUCCAGGCCUACUCUACCGCUGGAGGGAAGGUCUGGCUGUCGGUCCUCUUCAUCUUCAGGAUCCUGGUCCUGGGCACGGCGGUAGAAUCCGCCUGGGGAGAUGAGCAGUCCGCCUUCAAAUGUAACACUCAACAACCUGGUUGUGAGAACGUCUGCUACGACAAAUCCUUUCCCAUCUCCCAUGUUCGAUUCUGGGUCCUCCAGAUUAUUUUUGUGUCGACCCCCACAUUGCUUUAUCUGGCUCAUGUCUUCUACCUGAACAGGAAGGAACAGAAACUAAACAGGAAGGAGGAAGAGCUUAAAGUUGUACAAAAUGACGGAGGAGAUGUCGACCUCCCCCUGAAGAAAAUAGAAAUGAAAAAGUUGAAACAUGGCAUUGAUGAGCAUGGCAAAGUCAAAAUGAAGGGGGCCCUGCUCAGAACUUACAUCGUUAGCAUUUUCUUCAAGUCGCUGUUUGAAGUGGGCUUUCUUGUCAUCCAGUGGUACAUAUAUGGCUUCAGCUUGGCUGCGAUCUACACCUGCGAGAGGUCCCCAUGCCCGCAUAGAGUGGACUGUUUCUUGUCACGUCCCACAGAAAAGACCGUCUUCAUCAUCUUCAUGCUGGUGGUCUCGCUGGUGUCUCUGCUCCUCAAUGUCAUAGAGCUCUUCUAUGUGUUCUUCAAAAGGAUCAAGGAUCGCGUGAAGGGCCAACAGCAGCCCACGCUCUACCCAUGUGCGGGCACUUUGAGUCCAACCCCCAAAGAUCACCCCACCGCCAAGUACGCCUUCUAUAACGGUUGUUCUUCCCCGACUGCCCCUCUCUCACCCAUGUCUCCCCCAGGUUACAAGCUGGCCACAGGAGAGCGGGGGACCGGCUCUUGUCGAAAUUUUAACAAACAAGCCCACGAGCAGAAUUGGGCCAAUUAUUCCACAGAGCAGAACCGGCUUGGUCAGAAUGGCGGAGGGAGCACUAUUUCGAACUCCCACGCACAAGCCUUUGACUUCCCAGACGACACGCACGAGCAUAAGAAACUGUCCUCAACGGCGGGACACGAGCUGCAACCGCUAGCACUGAUGGACGCCAGGCCCUGCAGCCGGGCCAGUAGCCGGAUGAGCAGUCGGGCCAGGCCAGAUGACCUGGAUGUGUAAACCCUGACUUCUCCUCGUCCUCCUCCCACCUCUACCUGGCUGCCAGCAUUCGUAGCUGCAGCCCGAGAACCAGGAAACACUUAAUAACGUAGGUUUGAAUAGAAGGUGGGACUAACCUCAGUUACUGUCAUCAUCGUAGAGACUCUUAGUUCAGCAACAGACAUGAGAACUUAUGUAACACUGUUAAAAAGGUACAAGUUGCAAGUAUGUUUUGAUGACUUUUACUAGUUUUCACUUUCACUCAUCAUAGGCAUUAAUGUCCUUUUAGUUUUGAGCCUUUAAAGAUCAUCUUCAAUGACUUUUAAAAACAAGAUUUGAUUGUCAUUUACAGAGGGUCAGAAUUUUACAUAUGUCCAGCCACCCCUGUGACUCCGAAGGGGAAAAGCUGUAGGAAAUGAAUGGAUGCUUUAAAUACAUACAUAGUACUUACAUCUCACAAUAAGCGAUGCUGACGGUUCUAGAAUGUCUUACCUUGACAAGACCAAGCUUUAUUCACUUCUUGUUGGUGAUUGACUUCAUGUGAGAGUUUCUCUUUCCUUCCAUAAAAUGAUUUAUUUGACAGAAAGUAAACAGAACUAACUAAAGAUUUAGGAGGGAGGAUUGUGAAAGUAUUUUGGAGACUCUUCUAAACAAUUGUAGAUUCAACUUUGUCUGGACAAAAGACCCAAGCUAUAACCCUCAGACACAUGGUAUUUUUUGGGCUUUUCAGUAAAAACCAAGGAACUACCAAGACUAAAUUCUACUGAUAAGUGUAAUUUGCUAACAAUUUUGCAUCAGCAUGGAUUGAGAGGAUAGUAAUCCAAUAUUAACACCUUCAACCUCGACUAAAUUUUGCAGCCGUCCACAUGGACGAUUCAGAUGUCAACCAAGUCUGAUGUGCAGAUUUUUUUGUUCACGAUAACAAUAUGCAUGUUUUCAAACAUAAGAACACUGUACCAACUGUCAAUCAACUGUGGUGGUAGUAUCAUGUUCCCGGUCUGGUACUGGUACACAGUAAAACAUGUAUGCAUAAUGAAGGAAGACUACUUCCUUACUCUUCAACUUUAUCUCUAAUCAAAAACUUGAUGACUGAAGCUUGUUGAUUGCUAUGAGGUCAGACUCGCUGAGGACAGGGUAUUAGAGCUGUAUAUAUUUGAAGCUGUAUGUAGAUUUUUGACUUUGUGUAAAUUAUAGACAAUUCUAAAUUAAUUUGAAGUUCUGCAUCCAAUUCUUGUUCGCAAGAAGAUAUUGAAGAUGUACGUUGUAUAAUUGUUCUACAUUUAAAAAUAAUUAAUGGCCCAAAAUUAAUUUUGAUUCCAAUGGUGAGUGUGUGUACUGUAAAUGUUUGACUAUAUACAGUUUCCCUUGCCAGAGAGGCAGGUGAACAGUGUCUGGUCAAGAUGAUUUCCUUGGCGUUGAAGUGUCUUCAAUAAAUCUCAGCCACGUUUUCACCGAGAAGGACAGCUUACUGUGAUUUAGAACUCGUUCUGGCUCCCCAUACAAGUCCAUUCUUCAAUCAACCCCAACAAUCGACGGUGUCUUUCUAGCGCCACACUAUGUCAUAAUUUAACUUUGUUCCUCCCAUAACGUCAUGGCAGUAUGCCAAACAGUAUGGAAUUGAUUGUAUUACAAACCCCGUUUGUAAUACAAUCAAGUUGGGAAAUUGUGUUAGAUGUAAACAUAAAUUGUGUUAGAUGUAAACAUAAAUGGAAUACAAUGAUUUGCAAACAAUUUUCAACCCAUAUUCAAUUGAAUGCACUACAAAGACAACAUAUUUGAUGUUAAAACUCAUAAACUUAUUUUUUUUUUGCAAAUAAUAAUUUACUUAGAAUUUCAUGGCUGCAACAUAUGCCAAAGUAGUUGGGAAAGGGCAUAUUCACCACUGUGUUACAUCACCUUUUCUUUUAACAACACUCAAUAAACGUUUGGGAACUGAGGAAACUAAUUAAUAAAGCUUUGAAAGUAGAAUUCUUUCCCAUUCUUGUUUUAUGUAGAGCUUCAGUCGUUCAACAGUCCGGGGUGUCCGCUGUCGUAUUUUACGCUUUGUGCCACACAUUUUCGAUGGGAGACAGGUCUGGACUGCAGGCGGGCCAGGAAAGUACCCACACUCUUUUACUAUGAAGCCCCACUGUUGUAACACGUGGCUUGGCAUUGUUUUGCUGAAAUAAGCAGUGGUGUCCAUGAUAACGUUGCUUGGAUGACAACAUACAGUAUGUUGCUCCAAAACCUGUAUGGACCAUUCAGCAUUAGUGGUGCCUUCACAGAUGUGGAAGUUCCCCAUGCAUUGGGCACUAAUACACCCCCAUACCAUCACAGAUGCUGGCUUUUAAACUUUGCGAUAGGCGCAACACUCCGGAUGGUUAUUUUCCUCUUUGUUCCGGAGGACACCACGUCCACAGUUUCCAAAUAUAAUUUGAAAUGUGGACUCGUCAGACCAGAGAACACUUUACCACUUUGCAUCAGUCCAUCUUAGAUGCGCUUGGGCCCAGCGAAGCAGGCGGUGUUCCUGGGUGUUGUUGAUGAAUGGCUUUCGCUUUGCAUUGUAGAAUUUUAACUUGCACUUACAGAUGUAGCAACCAACUGUAGUUACUGACAGUGGUUUUAUGAAGUGUGGUGAUAUCCUUUACACACAGAUGUUGGUUUUUGAUGCAGUACCGCCUGAGGGAUCAAAGGUCUGUAAAAUCAUCGCUUACAUGCAGUGUUUUUUCCACAUUCUCUGAACCUUUUGAUGAUUUUACGGACCAUAGAUGGUAAAAUCCCUAAAUUCCUUGCAAUAGCUCGUUGUAAAUGUUGACUGUUCGACAAUUUGCCUACAAAUUGGUGACCCUCGCCCCAUCCUUGUUUGUGAAUUACUUAGCAUUUCAUGGAAGAUGCUUUUAUACCCAAUCAUGGCACCCACCUGUUCCCAAUUAGCCUGCACACCUGUGGGAUGUUCCAAAUAAGUGUUUGAUGAGCAUUUCUCAACUUUAUCAUUAUUUAUUGCCACCUUUCCCAACUUAUUUGUCAUGUGUUGCUGGCAUCAAAUUCUAAAGUUAAUGAUUUUUUGGCAUAAAAAAAAAAAAUGUUUAUCAGUUUUAACUUCAAAUAUGGUUUCUUUGUAGCAUAUUCAACUGAAUAUGGGUUGAAAAAUAUUUGCAAAUCAUUGUAUUCCGUUUAUAUUUACAUCUAACACAUUUUCCUACCUCAUAUGGAAACGGGGUUUGUAUAAACACCAACCCACAUACAAAUAUUUUCAAUAUUGUGUAAAUUGCUCUUCAGAUAUUAAUUUGGCAAAACAAUGUUACAGUAUCAACUUGUUUUUAAGAAAAAAACACUUUAUUGAUUAAAACAUUUCAUUGUGUAAGAACUUUUACAGCAUACAAGAUCAGAAACAUUGGUGGUCUUGAAGAGAAAGUUUGCAUAUCAAAGCACAUUUCACCAUAGGAAACAAUGUAAAUGUGAAUAAUGACUUACAGCCUGGACAAAAGUUUAUAUUUUAGUAAAAGUUUGUACACUUUGUACACACUAAAGUGAUUUACAGUAUUGCAUAUUGAACAAACACAACAAGGGGGCAAUUGAUCAACUUUCUAUUUAAUAACAAGUUUAAAUCAACAACAAUCUGAACUGUUCUCCUUUGUAGCCUCCCUGCCGACACGCACAACACAGUCACUAGCCCCUGUGGAGCAUUCACAGUCUGAAAUCAUAAAACUUACUAACGUUGACAGCCAGGUAACUACAAUGAUUGGGAGUAAAACUAAAAUACCCUUUAGCUUCUCGUUUUAAUUCUCUUGAAGGAGUGAGAAUUUAAAGCAGUGGAUCUACAGCAUAUAAGAUUAAGAUUUGAAAUGUGGACGUUUGGAAAGCCUGUUGUGAUUGACCAUGAGUGUGUUACCAUGCAGGAUUUGGGGACAUGGCUGAAUAUUGCUCGGGAUCUGAUGGACACUUACCAUUUGGAUAAAUAAUUGACAACCAUUCAGUAUCUCCUCCUCUUAGAAAACACUUCAACGCCCUACUAGUUGUAUAUUUAUUGGUCACGUCAACACUCAUGUACAUCAUCAGUCAGUCUGGGUUGUGUUUUUUUUCCUGGUAAACUUUGAAUAUAUGUCUCAUCUUGUGGAUUUAUUUGCCUUUUUGGAGAGUGUGUGAGAGUAGCAGGUUCGAGAGUUGAGGAUUUUGAGCCACAGCAAACAAACGGCUAUGAUUGGAUGAUUCAUUGGACUUGUUUUUUGUCAGAAGUCGAGAGGCAGAAUGGUGUUCUGUGUUUUGAAUAUUUGCGUGAAUGAGUUUUGUCUUGAGAAAUCGUCACUUAGUACUGUAAACGCUGACAAUGUGAGUUUGUAGAAGUAGAUCAGGACUAAUAUUUGUCAGCUGUUUGAAAAUGUAUGCCAACGUAACGCCAAAACUACCAAACAUUACAAGACAUCUCAAUUUGUCAAUUGUGCCGGUACUUAGAUGUCAUGGCUUUUUCAGCUACAAUGGCAAUUGCACUGAUAUCUUGGUGAAAAUGAUGUAAUAUAAUGCACUCGCAAAGUGAUGUACAUGUUGCUAAUUUAUUUGAUAACACAUAAAUCACAGCAGUGCCUAAUAUAUCAGACAUCUUACUACUGCUCUAUCUGUUCUGGGCCAGAUGUUAAUACACCUUUGUUACAGUAAUUCAGACCAUGCUAAUCCAUGUACAGUGUGAGUGCAUGAUGGCGAACCCAACACUCAUUCAUCAUAUCUGUGAACACGAUCUUAACCAAUACAUGUUUCUUCAUUCCUAAUGAUGUCAAUAAAUAUAUUUCUUUUUCUCUCCAGUUGAGUAAUGUUUUGGUUGGGUACUUUUUCAGUUUGUGCAUAUUGUUAUUCCUGUUUUUUUUUUUUUUGUGUGUCUAAUUAUAGACACAUUAUUUGGAUGUACACAGACCUUGUAAACAAAGCCGUUGUAAUACUAUUUGCAUGCAAUGCUAAUACAAUAUUCACAAACCA